CAGUUCUACCCGAGUGAUAAAGCGAAUGCGCACAAACUCACGUGCGCAUUUACCUACCAUGUAUAGCUGACAGCUUCCGGCGCAUCAAACCUCUUGGCCCCUGCCAUUUCACUUCCGCUCUCUAAAGCGUGUUAUGGGGAAGAAAAAAGCAACUUGUGGACUUGGUAGAGCCCUAAUCAAAGAUAGAGCCCAGAGCCAACGCGGACUGCGGACGAAGGAUUCAUGGCUCCACACCAGUGAAUUAAAUGAUGGCUAUGACUGGGGUCGGCUAAAUCUGCAGUCUGUGACUGAGCAAAGCACCAUUGAUGACUUUCUUGCAACAGCAGAGCUUGCAGGGACAGAGUUUGUUGCAGAGAAACUUAAUAUCAAGUUUGUUUCUGCUGAGGCAAGAACAGAACUACUUACAAAUGAGGAGACCAAGAGGAUUCAUAAACUCCAAGAGGAGAACAAGCAGUUUUUGUGUAUUCCAAGAAGGAGGCCUCACUGGGAUGCAAGCACCAGUGCAGAAGUUCUGAGGGAGACUGAGAGAGACACCUUCUUACAGUGGAGACGCCAACUUGCCCAGUUGGAGGAGGAAAAAAAGCUGAUUCUGACACCAUUUGAACGGAAUUUGGAUUUUUGGCGCCAGCUAUGGAGAGUAAUUGAGAGAAGUGACGUAGUCGUACAAAUUGUUGAUGCUAGGAACCCUCUUCUGUUCAGGUGCCAAGAUUUGGAGUGUUAUGUAAAAGAAAUAGACAAGGAAAAAGAGAAUAUUAUCCUCCUAAACAAGGCUGACCUGUUAACAGCACAGCAACGUCAGUCAUGGGCAGAGUUCUUUGAGAAGGAGGGUGUGAAGGUUGUAUUCUGGUCUGCAUUGGCAGAAGGACUGAGGCUUGAUGCGGAAGAGAAGGGUGAGCAUCUAAAGGAAAUAAAAGAGAAUGAAGGAGACUUUACAGAUGAGGAAGAAAGUGAGAGUGAAGAGACACCGGCUGGAAACCUUCAUACUAGUGGGGAUUCAGGGCAAGAUAAUGACACAAGUGAAGAGUAUGAAGACUGCGAGGAAGAUGAAGGUUGGCAAACUUGCUCAGAGGAUGCAGGUGAUGAAAUCAUUUCUGCAGAUCAAGACCUCACAAGGACCGCAGGGGAAAAAUCCAUUUCUAACCAAAGUCACUUAGUGGAACGAGAUGAGUUACUGGAGAUCUUUAAGUCCAUACAUACAGGGCAGAGGAUCAAGGAAGGGCAGAUCACAGUGGGGCUGGUGGGUUACCCUAAUGUAGGUAAGAGUUCAACAAUAAACACUAUACUGGGGAACAAGAAGGUUUCUGUUUCCGCAACACCAGGUCACACAAAGCACUUCCAGACUCUCUAUGUGGAACCCGAACUCUGUCUUUGUGAUUGUCCUGGACUAGUGAUGCCAUCUUUUGUGUCCACUAAAGCAGAGAUGAUUUGCAGUGGCAUUCUACCUAUAGAUCAGAUGCGAGACCAUGUCCCACCCAUCUCUCUCAUUGCUCAGCGUAUCCCACGUCAUGCUCUAGAAACCAUAUAUGGAAUCAAUAUAAUCCGACCAAGAGAAGAUGAGGAUCAAGACCGUUCUCCAACAUCUGAAGAACUAUUAUAUGCCUAUGGAUAUAUGAGAGGAUUCAUGACUGCUCAUGGUCAACCAGAUCAGCCAAGAUCAGCUCGUUAUAUACUGAAGGAUUAUGUCUGUGGGAAGCUGUUGUAUUGUCAUCCUCCCCCUGCAAUUGAUCCUGCAAACUUUCAGCCACAGUUUGCUAAAUAUGAAGAAAAAGACUCCCAGACAAGUGGCGAAUCACAAGGUCGCAAGGGCAAGAAAGCAAGACAGAUAGAAAAUGUUGUAGACACCAACUUUUUUCAUCAGGAGAAUGUUCGUGCUUUGACCAAAGGCGUGCAAUCUGUAAUGGGAUACAAGCCAGGCAGUGGCCCAGUACCCUUACAUGCCACCAGCUCAGACCCAGUAGCAGGAAAACCCUGGAAAAAGCAUGGAAACAAAAACAAGAAAGAGAAAAUCCGGCGACUCAACAAGCACUUAGAUGCAUGAAAAAUGGAUACACAAGGAACCAAAAACAUUUUUAACAGUGUAUUUUAUUCUGCAUUUAGCUGUGAUUUCUUUUUAAUCAUUUCACUUUACAUUACCUUGGCAUAUACAAUUCAGGUGCAAUAUGUGUUGGACUAGGAAAUAAACCUGCUACUAAAUAUUUCAAUACAGCUGUUCAAAGGCUUAAAACAGAUCUCACUGAACUAGCAGGAUGGGGACCCUAAACAAGUGUAAACAAGUCUGAAUUCUUGUUGCAUUCUCCUUAAAUUUUGAAUUCUCAAAUUUAAAGGUAAAGUAUUUGAAUACCCUUUUGCCAAACUCUUGUUGACCCUCCUUAGGCAUGUUUCCAGAUCAUGGUAAAAUCAUAAAAGUUGUGUGUGUGUGUGUAUAUAUAUAUAUAUAUA